AUGGCCCCAAAACCGGCGCAUCUCGAAGAAUGGUGGCUCACCACCGGCCUCGAGGACCUCAACCGUCUCGUCGACAAUCAUGACAUUUCCCUACGUCCUCGCGAUGUUGGCUACGUGCAGGCUAUCCACCGCAAGCUACGCGCGUUUGACAACGACCCAACCCUCGAGGUCAGCCUGACCGAGAGCAUGGUUUCCAUCUACAACAACCAAAAGGCCUUUCCCACGGGCGAUUUUAACCCACGCAGGAAGAUGAGCGAGGCUCUCGGUUCCAUCUUUCGCAGCGUCGGCGACGGCGGGAUUCAGGCUUCCCGUGCGCUCGACGGCCUGGACCACCUCGACGUGGUGGAGACGCAUCGCCAGGAACUCCUCGCCGCGACCCGCGAAGCCGUCCGCAAAGGCGGCACUCCGGACGAGUAUCACCGGCGGCUCAUUGACGAGCUCGACCAUCAGACAACAAACCGAUACCGCCAGUUCCACAUGGGUCUCCGUGCCUGCGUUCUCAUGGACACCCUGCGCCAAGGCAAGGGCAGUAAAUCCGCUGCGGAGGUCAUGGCCCGCCUCAACGCCCUCUUCCCAGCGACCAGCAUCGUCGAGUGCGAGACUGACGUGGAUGUCACGCCAUACUCGGCCGGUUUGCGGGACAGCAUCCGCUUCUCCGUGUACGAGCACCUGAUGGGCGAGGACCCGCACUCCCAGGAAGCUCUGCAGGCCAUCGACAUGCGCGUCUUUGCGUGGUGCGACAUCCCCGGGUACGUACAGGCGUAG